AUGACCAUCCCCGCUGAUAUUCUCGCUGCCAAAGCAGCGGGGAGGAUUCCUGACAAUGUCUCACUCGAGUAUCUCGCCCAGUCCCGCGAUGGGCCAGCGAUUGCGGGAAUUAUCUUCAUGGUCUGCUUUACGGGUGUCCUGAUGAGUGUGCGGCUAUACGCUCGGAUAUUUCUUGUCAAAAAGCUUGGGUUAGACGAUGCGUUGGCUACGUUUACGCUGACACUCUACAUCCCCUUCGUCGUCCUCUGCAUCAUCCUCAUCAACCUAGGAAGCGGUCGACAUAUCGAAUACAUCCAGUAUGUCCUACCAAUGACCACGGUCCGCAAAACCGAGGUCCUCGAUUUCGUCGCACACAUCCUGUACACGACUGCGCUCUUUACAUGCCGACUAUCCGGUCUGGCCUUCUACUACCGGCUCAGUGCGCGGUCCGGCAAACUGCACCAGGCUAUCAUCGUCGCAGUACCGUUGCUUCUCGCCGCAUACCUGCCUCAAUUCUUUCUUCUGCUGUUCCACUGCCGUCCUGUGACGGGUCUGUGGCCUUAUGGGUGGCAGCAUGAAACCACGGACUAUAAAUGUCUCUCGUGGGGAUUGGUAUACUCGGUGAACUCGGGUAUUUCGCUAGCCUGUGACGUUCUGAUGUUUAUCAUCCCUGCUAUCCUCAUCAAGCAGCUUCAUAUCUCAAGGGAGAAGAAGAUCAAGCUGUCUCUUGUCAUGUUCCCCGGUGUUCUUGUCAUCGUCAUCUCCGCCAUCCGCGUCUGGCUCGUGGCUAUAGGCCAAUGGGCCUCCGACGGCAGCUGGGCCUACAAUCCCAUGCUAGCCAUCGAAAAUGCCGAGAUCGCAGGAACGCUGAUCGCACUCUCAGUGCCAGCUCUAAAACCCGUGUUCGGGAAUGUAUUCUCCCGAUUAACAGAACACACGCCCAGCCAUACGCGCUCGCGGUCUGCGCGGUUAAAAGGCCAUUCGAAACCUACGAGUGCCGUCGGAUCUAAUACCCGUGACAGCAACCGGCUGCUGCAUUGGUCGACACAUAAUCGUGAUGAUUAUGAGAUGAUGGCUUCUGAAGUCUCGGUUACACCCGAUCAAAGGUCGUCGUCAACGCCGGAUGCAGAGAAGGGUCAAGGCAUUCGGGUUACUAAUGAGAUUGAUAUCUCGAGGGGAAAGGAGAGGGCUUCAUCCAGGACCUCGCAGGAGCCUGGGCCUACUUAG